CCUUCAUAACAAAGGAUUGCAAACCUUCACUAGUGGGUCCGAAAAGAAAACAGGAUGAGUAAACUUCUUGGUUUUAAUUUGGUGUGAACCAGCUGGGUCGUGAUUCAACACGAAAACUGAGAUAACAAAUCAAAUACUUUCUUUAUUACUGACAGGCCCAACAAUACACCAUUGGUGAAUUCAUAAUUCGUAAGGCACCAUUUGCAUAAGCCCAACUACAAUAAAAACUAACACCAGGCCCAACAAUACUUGUCCAAACCCUAAGCCCUCUUUAUAUAAGAAACAAACAAACCCUAGCUAGCCUUCUUAUUUGUUUCAGAUCAGCAGCAACAUCAGUUUCUUCAACAAAUCUACAAUGGCGGAUGUUGAAGUUGAUGUUGCGGCAGCCGGAGCACCGAAGAAGAGAAUGUUUAAGAAGUUUUCGUUCAGAGGAGUGGAUUUGGAUGCUCUGCUUGAUAUGUCUACUGAUGAGCUUGUCAAGCUUUUCACUGCUCGUGCUCGCAGAAGGUUUCAGAGAGGUUUGAAUAGGAAGCCUAUGGCUUUGAUCAAGAAGCUCCGCAAAGCUGUAUGUUUCCUUUACUAUUUUACAAUGAAGUUAUUUUAAUUAUCUAUUUUGUUACUAAUUAGUAAUAACCACCCCCGCGUUGCGGCAAGGGCAUGU